AUGUCAAAUAAAAAAAGAACAAUUUUAAAAGUUAUUAUUCUUGGGGACAGUGGUGUUGGAAAAACAUCCUUAAUGAAUCAAUAUGUAAAUAAAAAAUUUACAAAUCAGUACAAGGCUACAAUUGGAGCUGAUUUUUUAACAAAGGAAACUAUAGUUGAUAAUGAGCAGCUAACAAUGCAAAUAUGGGAUACAGCAGGCCAAGAGCGUUUUCAAAGUUUAGGUGUUGCUUUUUAUAGAGGAGCAGAUUGCUGUGUUUUAGUUUUUGAUUUGACAAAUUACAAAACUUAUGAGUCAUUAGAAUCAUGGAAAGAUGAGUUUUUAAUUCAAGCAAGUCCAAAAGAUCCUGAAAACUUUCCAUUCGUUAUUAUUGGAAAUAAAGUUGAUGAAACAAACAAAAGAAAAGUACAAUCACUAAAAGUUUUACAAUGGUGUAAAUCGAAUAAUAAUAUUCCUUAUUUUGAAACAAGUGCAAAAAAUGCAAUUAAUGUUGAUCAGGCAUUUGAUGAAAUAGCAAGGAAGGCUAUGAAACAAGAACAUCAAGAAGAACAAAUAUAUUUACCUGAGACAUUUGCUUUAAAUAAUCAAAAUGAACAAAAAAUAUACAAAAGUCGUUGUUGCUAA